AUCAGUUACAUAAUUGCAGUCAUCAAAACUUUCAACAAUCAAUCCACCUCUAUAUACAACAUACAAAUCCUUUAACUCAACAAUUGCAUUGUCAUAUUAACACACAAAAAAGGAUGAGACAAGUUGAAAUGUAUACUUUACCCAUAAUUGCAGGCUGCGACUUGAAGACACUAAAUUAACUCAGCUAUUUUUGUUUUUUUGUUUGGUUUUUUCGUUUUGUUAUUUAUUUUUAGUGAUUUUCGUCAUAGUAGUCAUAGCGUAGUAAGGAUUCACUAUGGAGGUCCCUUACAAGUUAGAAGUGAUUGCUUUGACUACAAUCAUCAUUAAACUGGGUGUCUCAGUUUUCCCAUAUUCUGGCAAAAAUCAACCUCCAAAAUUUGGAGAUUAUGAAGCUCAAAGACAUUGGAUGGAAAUUACGGUUAACUUACCCAUACAGGAUUGGUAUAGAAAUACAACAGACAAUGAUUUAUUGUACUGGGGACUGGAUUACCCUCCUCUCACAGCAUAUCAAAGCUACCUAACUGGAUCGGUGGCUAAGAAAAUCAACCAAGACUAUGUAAAACUCCAUGUGUCUCAGGGAUUUGAAAACUUUGACCACCAAUAUUUCAUGAGGAUGUCCGUCCUUGUGUCUGAUUGUAUUUUCUUUGUCAGUGCACUUUAUUUUUACAUUAGAAGCUUGAAGAUGAGUAAUAAGUACAAAUGGGUUUUCUUUGCUUUGUCCUCACACUCUGGACUCACCCUUAUAGAUUAUGGUCAUUUUCAGUACAAUUGUGUUUCGUUGGGGUUGACCUUGUGGGCAAUCAUUUUUGUUUCUCAGGGAAAGAAUGUGUUAGCAGCAAUUGCCUUUUCAGCUGCCUUAAACUUUAAGCAGAUGGAGUUGUAUCAUGCAAUACUUCUAUUUGCUGGCUUCCUGUCAACCUAAAGGUUCCUCACUUCCCUCCCAACUAAAGAAUUUGGUCCAGAUUGGCGCUGCCACAGUG